GAAUUUGUGAAAAUGGAGAAAAUUGGUCAUCAUUGUUACAUGAUACAAUACUUUUAUUUCAAAGGCCUCAGCCCAACCAAUAUAAAAGCUGAACUGGAUUCUACUCUGGGUUAGUCUGCUCCUUCAUUUACAACAGUAAAAUAUUAUGUAGCAGAGUUUGUUUACAACAGUAAAAGCAGUAGCAGAGUUUAAACGAAGCCGUAUGAGCUGCCAAAACGAGCAUCGCAGUGGUCGACCCAAUGCGGUUCAUCGCAUUUUAUCUGAAUAUUUGGACAUGAGAAAGCUGUGUGCAAGAUAGAUGCUGCGAUUGCUCACAAACAGUGUCGUGAAGAUGUUUCAAUUGAGUGUUUAGCGAAGUUUCACAGCAACAAAGCAGAAUUUUUGCGUCGUUUCAUAACCAUGGAUGAAACAUGGGUCCAUCACUUCACAGCUGAGACAAAAGAACAAUCAAAACAAUGGACUCAAAAGGGACAACCGGCUAGAAAGAAGGUGAAGACAGUUUCAUCUGCAGGCAAGGUUAUGGCGUUGGUUUUUUGGGAUGCGCGUGGGAUAAUUUUCAUUGACUAUCUUGAGAAAGGUUACGGAUAUAUCCCAUACUCCAUACUAAGGAGCUUAUUACGCAAAAAACUCAAAUCUUCGGCAGGCAGACAUCCAGUGCUAAAUCAGAGAAAUCCAGAUCGGUAGAAUGGAAGAGUAUAGUAACAGGAUUCAUGCCAGUAGGGCUGUGCUUGGUAGCUGUGAUGCAAUGGCGAGCCUUCAGAAAGAGACAAAGCGAAACAAUAGCUUCAAAGUGGGAAAUCAACUGCUACUGUAUGUUACCACUUAGAACAGUAUCCAGGGCUUGGGGAUGGAUUGCAGACAUCCAGUUGCCAAAAUUUAUUCGGCCAGUGAUUUAUGGUCUAUACUCUCACACUUUUGGAGUUAACAUAUCCGAGGCACAACCUGAAGAUUACACGCACUACUCGAGCCUCUCAGAAUUUUUCGCCAGACCAUUGAAAGAUGGAGUUAGGGUGAUUGACCAAGACUGUUGUAUGGUUUCGCCUUGCGAUGGGACGGUACUACAUUUUGGUACCGUAGACACUGAACACGUCGAACAAGUAAAGGGUAUUACUUACUCUUUGAAGGACUUUCUGGGCGAGCAGUCCUGGAAGCAAAAUGACUCGAAUACAACUAAUUACAGGCAUUCCCUGUUACAUAAACCUGACGUUGGAAAUACAUUGUAUCAGUGUGUCAUUUACUUAGCUCCUGGAGAUUAUCAUAGAUUUCACUCUCCGACAGAAUGGAAACCGACGCAUCGUCGCCAUUUUGCCGGUGAAUUGCUCUCUGUCAGUCCCAGUAUUGCGAAAUGGCUGCCAGGACUAUUUUGCUUGAAUGAACGCGCUGUAUACCUAGGCCACUGGGAACAUGGAUUUUUCUCUUACACCGCAGUAGGCGCAACAAACGUGGGUACAGUUAGGGUGUACUUUGACAAAACUCUGCAGACGAACAUUCACAAAAAGUCUGCUCCUAUGAAAGAGAUAUGCCUGGGUAGCGCGGUGGAUCUGAAGCGUGGAGACCCAAUAGGUGAAUUCCGAAUGGGCUCUACCAUUGUAUUGAUCUUCGAGGCACCCAUUCACUUCAAUUUCUCGAUUUUUCCGGGGGAUAAAGUGAAAAUGGGACAGAGGUUAGGUUUGGUUCAUCACCAAAGAUUUCAAGACAGGAUCUCACAUGAAAAGUCUGAUGGUGGGUACGUUACGAUGAGAAGUGCCAGUUAAAACUGUAUUAUACUGUAAUUUUAUUUUAGGAUGUAGGUAUUCAUGCAUUGUGAUAUUUUUGUAUUAAAUAAAGAUUAUAUGUAAAUCGUUUAAA